GAUCUAGAUUAGUUAUUAAAGAUCACAUUAUAUUUUUGUUCGUAAAUAUUCAUUUUUUCGUUUAUUUUAUUAUGUAGCAUCUGCAAUCAUCUAUAUUCUCAGGAUUUUUAAAAACCAGUUAGAUUUGAACUAUCUUCAUGAAAUCGGAAACUAUCGCAAGUAUUGAAAUCAUAACUGCCUGCUUUAUGAUAAAUUUCCUCUAUGGCGCUUCAGCAAGAAUGGUUUCAUUGUUUUUCGUGGAGUCUAUUCAUCGGUUUGAAGUUAAUCGUAACCAAGCAUCUCUUCCAUAUAUCCUGCCUUUUAUAAUGAGACAUCUUUGUGGUCCUCUUCAAGGAUAUUUACAGCAACUUUUCCAAACGAAAUCUCUUAUCAUUUUUGGAAAUGUGGGGUCAGUAAUCAGCAUUGGAGCUUGUUUCUUUGCAGAAGACAUUUUAACAGUUACAAUCCUAUGGGGUUUCAUAUUUGGUGUUUCCUUUGGUCUUGGAAUUCAGUAUUUGCCACUACUACUUAAUGCCCAUUUCACAACAAACCAAAGUAAAGCUAAUGGCUUUGCAUAUUCAGGAGCAUGCUUUGGAGGUGUGGUGAUGCCCCCAAUAAUGGAAGCAUGUAUAGAGUAUUACGGACUUAAUGGAUCAUUCUUAAUUUUAUCUGCUAUUUUGGCACAUUUUAUACCAUUUUCUAUGUUACUGAAAUCAUCCGAGGAAAAAUCACACAAAAAUGAGCAUAGUCAAAACAUUAAUAAGAAAGUGAGUUGUAUUGAAAUGAAAGAAUCUAAGAAAACACAUCUGCCUUCAACAAGUCUUGACGAUAAUAUAUGUCAAAACUUACAUAAAAAAUCAUUUCUUUCAAGUGACACUGAGGCUGUUAAACUUGACAUCAAUAAAGAAAUUGACACCAAAUCUAAACGCCUUGUAGAAAGGGAAAAUUCUAAAAAUAAGCCUCUAUCAGCUUUUACUCUUGAAAAUUUUAAAAUUUUCAUUGACCCAUUAUUCAUUAUCAUAUUGGUUAUGACUGCUUGUACAUUUUAUAUAACGACAGUUAUGAUGGCAAUCAUUCUUGAUUUUGUGCGUGACAAAAAUGUUGGAGCUAACCUGGAGAUUUAUUAUGUCAUGAUAUUGGCUCUAGCAGAUAUAUGUGGAAGAAUAGGAUCUGGAUUUGUUAUAGACAAACAAAUCUUACCUUCCCCCACGAUUACUUCAAUAUGCUGUGUGUGUACUGGAUUAUCUUCUCUUGGUCUAUUGUUCAUCAAUAAUUAUUUACUUCUGAUGUUUAUUGAUUUCCUGCUUACCGUUUUUACUGGAUCUCUUUUGGUUUUACAAAUUGCUUUAGUACACGAAUUUAUGCAGCCUGAGAAAAGAAAUAUGGCAAUGGUUUGUAAAUCGAUGUUAUUUGCACCGCUGUGCUUUACUGUAUCUCCCAUGAUUGGUUAUUUCAGAGGAGAGCAUGGAUCUUAUGAUGGCGUUAUGUACACUCUAACGGGUAUUUCUUUUUUCUCUGGAUUCAUCAUAUACUUCAUCCCUCAUUUGGCAAAAAGAAGAAAGACAACAACAUCAGACAACGUGACAUAAUUUCGUUAAAAAUGUGUUAAAUCACAUGUCAACAUUUUUGGUGUGAUUAUGGGUGCGAUACAGUUUUCAAAGUGUAUUUAAUUCAUAGAAACAUUCGUUAAUUGUAAUAAAAAAACCACAUGAAGGCUUUACGAAUAGCUUAACUUUAAUAGAUUUGAUAAACACUACUGUUACUAUUAAUUUUUGAUCAUGUCAUCAACUAUGAUUUGAAAAACCAAUACUUAGCACAACUUAAGAACAAUUUCGGUUAUUGUUAGCAUCAAAAGGAUGUUAUGAUGUUAUUAUAAUAAAAUUAAUUUAUGGGUGAUUCUUCAAAAUAUGUAAUAUUUAAGAGUA